AUGAGUCUCAAACUAACAAUCGUCGCCUGUCUCUUGACACUCGCUCAUACUCGUUCGUUAUCCCCCCGAAUCAUCGGCAGCCACAACGCAAUACCAGGCGAGUUCCCAUACCAAGUGAGCCUGCAAUGGGGCUGGCUGCCCUUCUUACCGCAUAGCCACUUUUGCGGCGGUAGCAUCAUCAAUUCUACCUGGGUUGUGACGGCUGCCCACUGCGUCAGCGCCAUGAAAGAAUUUCCCAAAACAGUGACUUUCCUCGUCAAAGCUGGGAAACACGAUAUCGACAAGCUCGAGCUGUCAGAGCAAAUAUCUUCCAUCUCCAAGUCUUUCAUCCACGACAGAUACAACGAUUCCGCGGGCGUAUCGCCGUAUGACAUCGCUCUGAUCAAGCUCAAGAUACCUCUGGUCUUCAACAAGCGAGUGGCUCCAGUAGCACUGCCUGAGAAGGACAGUGAUCCAGAGGGUAUCGUGACCCUUUCCGGCUGGGGUGCGGUGAACAACAACACUAGGGAUCCAAAUUAUCCAUCGAUUCUCCAAACGGCGGACAUGCCGAUCAUCGAUCGUAAGACGUGCAACAACGCCAUCGAGAUGCUUGGACGGGAGGCGAACCAGACUCUUAAGGACAUGGUUGAUGAGACAAACAUCUGUACCGGCCCGCUUUCUGGUGGUACUGCAGCUUGCAGUGGCGAUUCUGGUGGACCUUUGACGUUAAGGAAAAAUGGCGGGAAUUCAUCAGAACUAGUUGGGAUCGUUUCGUGGGGAAUUAUACCCUGUGGCCGGGUAGGAGGACCAAGUGUUUAUGUACGCGUGUCUUCGUUCAGGGACUGGAUCGCGGAUAAAAUUUCGAAAAAUUGA